AUGUCCACAAGAGUCCUCAACUCGGUCACCCGCCCUGGGCCCGAAUCUAAUCUCCACGCCGUCCCGGCCACCAUCCAAGGAUAUAUCCGCUACCCAUACCACAAUGAGCCCUACCCCGGCAUGAUCGCCACCAAAGACGACCCCACCUCUGUCGUCGAGGGCCUCUUAGUCUUUGGUCACUCCCUCAUGGAUCGCUUCCGCCUCGACCAAUUCGAGGGCUCCGCCCACACGUACAUCUUGAUCAGUCACGUCCUUGGGACUAUGAGGCCUUCAGGAGAGAUCACCUCGAUCUCUGGAUGA